GUGCAAAGGACCAAUAGGAAUUCGCUGCGGUAUUUAUUAGUAAUCAUUUCGCCACCGACUUUCGAAAUUAAAGAAACAAGGUUUUUGUUACAAAACUCUUUUCUGUUCGUCUGGACACAAAAAGUUAUGUCAAGUUGCGCAUUGCGGUUACCCCGCAGUAUUGUCUUAACUCGUGUUCAGUUAAGAUGUUUUAGGUGAAAAAAAAUCUAACUGUUCUUUGAAAAAUAUUUCUAGUCGACUAUAGGUGAUUGACUAUCUUUUGAAGUUAGAGAAUAAUGUAAGCAUGUCUUCUAGAAUGUGAAAAGUGCAGAAUUUUUUCGUCAAGGAUAUUCAAGAUCUUCGUAUUUUUGAUUUUUUAAAUAUUUUUUUAUAUUUUUCCGGAUUUCUGAAGAUUUCGUAUUUUCAGGCAGAGUGGAAGUUUUACUUAGUGUCUGACGAUUUAUGGGACUUUUGUUGGAGUACACUAUAAUGCUGUUGAUAGUACUUUUUUGGAUAUUGUUGGGUUCUUUGCGGCCUGCUGCUUCUGCAGUGGUGCCUGAAACUACUACAGUUGGAAAUGUAUCAACUAUGAUACCACUAAAGACUGUUCCAGAGAUCGAAAAAGAGAUAGAAGCCUUGGUUGGAUCAAUCUCAAAAAUGACUUUGCCCUAUUUUGUUCGAAAUUCAGACUUAAAAUUGUCACCUUCGUGUAUGUCAACAUUCUUCAAAAUUUUCGUUGAUAUCAGGAAAUUAAAGAUGCCCAUUGUCAAGUUACUGGAUGCCAUGGCCAAACCUCCGUUCGGUAUAAUGGAAGGUACUUUUAUUGUGAUGGGGGAUUACGAUGAAUGUUUAGAGGUCAGUUCAUCUAAGAAAGGAGAUGUCCCAAUGACUAAGGAAGAGGAGUACUACCACGGACAGUACUGUACUAUUGAAGCCAGUUUACCACCAAAACUGGACGAAGCGGUGCUGGAUUAUGGCAGAGGAAAACUCAAUCUUUCAUUCUUUGGAAAACUAGCACCGUUUGUUAAAGAAUUUCCAGUCAAUUUCAGAAAUUUGGUCAAAUUUCGUAUUGGGGUCUGUCUUCCCUCUACAUGUACUGAAGAAGAUUUGACGGAAAUAUUGGGACUAAAUCCACUGUCUUUCAUCCCAGUGAGCGUGAGCCGUUGUGAAGAUGGCCAGAAGAAGCCGCUGAACACAGAUCAGAUGGUAUUUUUUGUCGUCAUAGCGUUAUUUGCAGUGCUCGUACUGUCUGGAACAGCUUUAGAUGCCUGGUUCCACAUUAAAUAUUCUACUUACAAAGGAGAUCAUAAAGAUAAAUUUGUUAAGUUGCUUUUAGCCUUCUCGGUUUAUAGUAACACGAAAAAGUUAAUGACACCUUCGAAAAAGAGUGGUGGAGAGAUCCCAGUUGUUAAUGGAAUGUAUGUCAUGGGCACAGUUCUAGUUAUUAUAUACCAUACAUAUUUCCUACCAUUUUUGACGACGUUUUCUAGUCAUGUUAUUAACAUUGGGACAUACUUGGAUGAUUUCUUUUUUACAUUGAUUGCUGUUAUGGGCAUAAGCAUUGAAGCGUAUUUUCUCUUCUCAGGGAUGUUUUUAGUGUAUCCCAGAUUUAGAAGAGGUGAAGAAACUGUGAAAGUAAACAUGAUAAAACUUAUCGUGCGGCGUUAUCUUAGAUUAGGACCAUCAAUGUUGAUUAUUCUUGGCAUUAUUGUUAUAUUGCCAGUCUUUGGAUCGGGCCCAGUUUGGGUAGACAUUUUUGACACAGCAGCUGACAACACAAGGAAAUGGUGGUAUACAUAUGCUCUUAUGUAUAAUAACUUCUUGGAAGUCAAAGAUCAAAAUUUCUUAUAUUUAUGGUUCAUUCCAUGUUUGAUGCAAAUCUCUAUCGUUGGAGCUAUUUUGCUAUGGGUGAUGGGCAAGAAUGUAAAGGUGGGGAUGUGCCUUACAGUAGCAACAGGUUUGGCUUGUAAUAUUGCUCUGGGUGUUCUCACAGCUCUAAGGCACUAUCCGGCGGCUUAUGCUAUUUAUUAUUACUACGAUAGAGAGUAUUUCGAAGAAACUAUUUAUACUGCGCCUUUGAGUCACGUUUUUUCAUAUGGCAUUGGAAUGAUAUUAGGGUAUUUUAUGGCCAAAAACCCAACAUUAAAAUGGUCAAAGGUUCAUGUGAUUGUCGGAUGGAUUGUUUCCCUUUUCCUGACUGUUGGAGUGCAAUUCAUUGCAUAUGUCUGGCACGAAGGAAGGGAACCGGAUCCAAUUGCAGCAGCAAUUUACGCUGCUACUCAUAGAACUGCUUUCUCUCUCGGGCUUUCCUGGAUUAUCUUGGCAUGUACUCACGGAUAUGGAGGUGUGUUCGGUAAAAUUCUCUGCUGGAAAGGAUUUGGUUCUUUGAGUAAACUAGGUUACUUUGGAUACCUAAUUCAUUACAUUGUCAUAACAUACCACGUCAGUGUUGCACGUUCACCACUUGUAUUUUCUCAUUAUGAAAUAUUAAUGAGAAUUGCAGGCUACACUCUGCUAACAUUCAUAGCUGCGUACAUUUUGUACAUUACAUUCGAAUUACCUCUUGUAUACAUUGAAUCACUAUUCCUUCCUUCAAGACGACCAAAUCCAGCAGUCGAAAACAACAACAUGCAGCAGAAUGGAAAGAGCAAUGAUAUAUCUAUUGUCAGAUACAAUGGUGACGUGUUACCUCCUAAUAUAGCGAAGCCAGUUUGGAAUGGUAAUACUCCUACGCCUCCAACAUAUAUUGAGAAUGAUUCCAGUGUAGAGCAUUCAAAGCUGUGAUAUAUUAGUUUUAAGAACAUUUGUUACGCUGAAAGAUCUGUUCUAUGUUGAAAUCUAAGUUCAAAUCUAUGUUGUCAAAGCUGAAUAAUAGCUUAACAUAUAAAAGCUGAAACUUAGCUUGGACAACAAGAACAGACCUCCAACCUCCAGAUCUAGAAUCAAGAUGUAUAUAAUAUAUAUUUUUGAUAUAUAUUUUUGUGCCCAAUAUAGUUUUGGUAUUGUCUUUUGGUAAAAAAAAUGUGAUAACAUAAAUGCAUAAUGUUCAGUUGAUGGAAUAAAAGUACAACUAAUUUUGCAAAUGUGAAUAAAAUAAAAAUAUUUGUUCUA